AUGGGACCAACUCAGUUCUGUCCAUCUGACACCUUCACCAUCUCAGUCCAACCUCCACCCGGCACCUCAGUCCGACUUUCUCUUCCCGAGACCUACUCGCGUCAAACGAACAGGCCCACCGACACCGAAUCAGCCUCUAACAGCAAAUCAACAGGUGAUGACGGCGCCAACCCGCCCAUCUUCAACGAUGCGAUUCAAGUGCGCGCGGGCGUCUUCAUCGAUGAGCAAAAGUGCUCUCCCGAGGGCGAAAUCGACGAUGAUGAUCCCCGCAGUUGGCAAUGGCCAGCACGGCAGACAGCAGCAGCAGCAGCAGCAGUAGCAUCGAGUGCAAGGUCGACAAUACCUGUUGCUGUCAUCCGACUCGUUCCUCCUCCGCAACCACCACAUGAAGCUCUCCUGGCCCACUCAAAUGAUGCCCCUCUCCUCCCCCGCUACGACUGGACUCAUGAACCCUGCAUCAAAUUGACGCGCGUGGCCGUCCUCCCCGAGUACCGUGGUCUCGGGCUCGGACGACGUCUCGUCCAGACCGCACUGGAUUGGGCCGUCACUCACGCCGAGGAGAUUGACGAUGCGACGCGAGAACUAGUUUCUCGAUUCGCUUUUCAGGGGCCAAGUAGAGAUGUGCGAUCUGGGCCGUCAACAGGCCAGGCGAGAGAAGAGCAGAAGCCGGAUUGGUCUCCCGCACCCUGGCGCGGGUUGGUUCUGGUACAUGCGCAGGUUGAUGUAGAGGCGAUGUAUCGAGGGAUGGGAUUUGUACGGGAUGAUGAACUGGGGAGGUGGGAUGAGGAAGGAAUUGAGCAUGUGGGCAUGUUUCGACGGGUUGAGAUCCGGUCGAAGAAUCUUCAGAGUCCAUUCGGAGUCAACUGA